GAAAAGGGAAGUUGAGUUAAGUGCGUGUGUGUGCCCGCAUACAUAUAUAUACAGUAAUCUGAAACACUGGUCAGCAGCAAAAGACUCGAGGAAUCGAUAUGAAGCUCUCAUCUGCUGUGAAAGUUCUGGGAUCUCUGUGUCUGCUGCUCGUAGAUGGAUUUCCAGUUUCUGAAGAUGAAUCUCCAGAGAUAAUUGGACCAGGGUUUGUCCAAAUAAAAACUCAUCCAGGUGCACCGCUGGUGCUUCACUGUGAUGCGUUUGUAAACUGUGAGGACGAUAUGACUCUAAUCUACUGGCUUGUCAAUGACACCUUCCCCGAAGACGCCCCCAGCAGCGACAGGAUAAGAGAAUCUAAUGAAUCCACUCUAGAGGAGGGUGCAAUCCUUCAGAGGAGUUUGCUGUUGAAGAACAUCACAUCCGAGGACCUCAAAUCCACCUUCACGUGCGUUGUGACAAAUGCUGUGGGAGUGGCCCAAAAACACAUUAAAUUAAUAUCAACACGUGAAUGACUGAAGAUAGUAAAUGACAACUGUGUAAAAGAUCUUGAUUUUCUGUCCUCUGCCUUGUGAUAUAAGUCAUGUCUGUCAAGAGUCAACAUUGCAUGUCAGCAUUUUCAUGUAAUACUUUUGUUUGGCAACUUGUGGAUGAACUCUGCUGAAGAGCUGGGGCCUGUUCUUCGUACCGCGCUAAGUG